UCGCUGUCUGGUCGGUUGUCUCUGCAGCAGCUGCUACUGCCGUUGCCAUUGCUGUUGCUGUUGCUGCUGGCGGAGCGAGAUGAAUUUUGAAUUCAGUUGCUUUUGAAAUGUUCGCAAAUACAGACGCUUUAAAAUGAUAAUUGUGCGUGCUUUUCGACGGAAAUUUGUGUAACGGUAUAUAACUACAGCAGAUACUUGUCUAAUUGUAGGCAGCAAAAGUGACACAAGUUAAUAAACUUAUAUUUUUGAGAGAAUUCAUAUAGAAAUAUUUAUGAUCUUGUGUGAGAUAAGCGAUGCGCUUGCAGGACGCAAGGUCUUACGAAUUUGUUCACUUAAUAUUGAAAACAAAAACGAAACAUACAACAAUAAAUAUAAAUCAACAAAAUUGUGCAUUAAAAUAAAAAAUUUCAUAGCGCUUGCUUGACAAAAACAAAAACAAAUUCAAUGUAUCGCAAAAAGUCUGCAAAUUGUCAGCAACACAAGCGUAUAAAUAACAAUCAAAUGCAAACAAAACUUAGUUGAGCAGCUUGUAAUAAGAAAUCAGAAAAGAACAAAAACAAAACCGAAUACGCAUAAAGAGCAGUGAAAGUGAAAUAAAACAAUCAAAUCAGCGUUCAAGUUAAUGUCAGAAGGUCAACUGUGUGCAACAACUCACUAACUAACACACACACCUCUUUCGCGUCAACAAAUAACUGCUGGUGGAGAGAAAACCGAAAAUAUUUUUUUUUCAAGAAAUAAAAAAAAUAAAAUAAAAUAAUUUUAAUUAAAAGCAAACUAAAGUAAUGCUAAGUAAAGGUCUGCUGCGAGCAGUUUGCACUAACUAACUGUGACUAGCGGUGACACACACACACAUACCAAUAUGCAGCAACACAAUGUUGUUAACUGCUCAACAAAGAAAGGUCAAAUAAAUUUCAUGGAAUUCAAGUGAACUUACUGGGUGCGAGCUUGACGCCUCCGUUGUGUAUUUGUAAGGAUAUUUCUAAGGACACGUCGCGCAAGUGAAACUAAGAAUUCCUGAAAAGACAGUCUCAGGGGAAUAGCUGGCAACUGCGCAACGCGAGCGGUUGACAAAGGCUCUCCGGGACAGUUCAACGCUUAAUUGCUGACCGCAUUUGCAUGACUUAAUUACUCUGGUGUUAAAUACCAAACUUAAAAUAUAUAUACAGCACAGUGUGCCAAUUUUGUAAACAACAAGAACUACAACAGGAGUCAAGCAACAAGAUAUGCUGCAGUACUAAAGCGAAGCAACAGUGAGCCGCCGCAGGGUGCCAACAAAACAAAUGAGCGCCAACAGUGCGGAAACAUAAAUCAUAUGCAAGUGAAAAUUAGCAGUAGCAACAACAACAAUAUAUAGUAAUAUUUGAAAGCGAAGAAAGUGGCAAUUAAAAUGACAGCAAUUAUUUACUAAAAAUUUUUAAGAGCAUAUAAGAAAGAUUGAGAAAAAGAAAACGCUAUCAAAAGGAAUGAGAAAUUGAAUUGCUGAAAAAAUAUACAUACUACAUUUCUGGAAAUAUUUUUGACACGAAGAAACAAAAUACAAGAAAUCAGCAAAUGUUGAAAAAGAUAAGACUAGACAACUUGCAACAACAACAAUAACAACACUGGCUGCAGAAUUCGAAAAAAUCCGCAAUUUUCUGCACCGCUGAGGAUCAAGGAUCAACUUUAGCAAACAACAACAUUAAAAUUUUAAAUCAAAUGUGAAAAUGUGGGUAGGAAAAUUUGAAAAUUUAAAGGAAGCUAAAUUGCAAUAUUUAUAAAUGAAAUUAAAAGUCUAGCAGUAAUUUUGCAAAAACAGUUUGAAUAAAACAAAAACAACUGUAACGACACUGUUGCUGUAUCAAUUAAGAGGUUUAUACAAAUUAAUAACAUAAGUGUAUAAGCAGGCAAAACCAAGAAGAAUAUUUCUCAACAAUAAACUCUCAUAAGCAACAUAACACAUCAUAACAGUAUGGAUAAGAAAAAUAAAUCGAAACCAAAAUCUAAGCCGAAGCGUUUGAAGCCCAACAAGGAGUCAAGCACAGCGCUGGAUGUGGAUCUGUGGGAGCAAAAUGAAGAUCGCUUCACAACCGUUGAACUGCCUGCCAGCGCUAAAGUGCCGAACAACAACAGCAACGUCACAACCGCAGCUGCCACAAGCACCAAAACCGUUGGCAGCAGCGGCACCAGUAGCGCACAACACGGCAAAGCCAUCAGCAUUCGAAUUGGUGGUGAUGGUGGCGGCGAUGGACCAGGCGGCCCAGCUGCCUGUGAACCCAUCGAUGUGAUCACCUAUCCACCAAACACACCAACCACACCAGCUACGAAAGUCGCCAUCGGCGGUGGAGAUUCGGGCGCAGCGCUAAUUGCGCUCGACACCGGCGAUCCUAAUGAACCGGAACGUGGCAAUUGGACGGGCCGUUUCGAUUUUCUACUCUCACUGCUCGGGUACUCGGUAGGGCUGGGCAAUGUGUGGCGCUUCCCGUAUCUCUGCUACAAUAAUGGUGGCGGCGCCUUCCUCAUACCCUUCACAAUAAUGUUAAUUAUCGCCGGUCUGCCGCUCAUGUUCAUGGAGCUCUCAUUCGGCCAGUAUGCCGCUUUGGGGCCUGUGGCCAUUUAUCGUCGCUUCUGUCCGCUGUUUCGUGGUCUCGGCGCUGGCAUGGUUAUCGUUUCGGCCAUUGUAAUGCUCUACUAUAAUUUGAUUAUUGCCUGGACAAUAUUCUAUAUGUGCGCCUCAUUUCGGCGUGAGCUGCCAUGGCAGAAUUGCGAGGCCGCAUGGAGUACUGAAAACUGCUUCUCUUACGAAAUGGCCGAUCAAUGCGAUGCCGUGAAUGGUACAUUCUACUUGAGAACAUGCUAUAAUAUUAGCUAUGCCGAGGAGCAUAAUAUCACCGAAUUAGCGCUACAUGCGCUAAAGCGACCACCAGCUGAGGAGUACUUCACUAACUAUGUGUUGGGCUUAUCAUCUGGCAUUGAAGAAACCGGCGGCAUAAAAGUGGAGCUAGCUGCCUGUCUAUUUGUCGCUUGGGCUAUUGUGUUCCUGUGUCUCUGCAAAGGUGUUCAAUCUUCCGGCAAAGUAGUCUACUUUACCGCGCUCUUUCCUUAUGUUGUCUUAGUUAUACUGUUCUUCAGAGGUGUGACAUUACCGGGCGCCAUGACGGGCAUAUUGUUUUAUUUAACACCUGAUUUUAAGCAACUAGCCAAUGCACAGGUCUGGGGCGAUGCUGCGGUACAGAUAUUCUUUGCGCUCAGUCCUGCUUGGGGUGGUCUCAUAACACUGUCUUCGUACAACAAGUUCUCGAACAAUUGUUAUAAAGAUUCUUUAAUCGUCGCAAUUUGCAAUAUAGCGACCUCAUUUUUUGCCGGUUUAGUUAUCUUCUCGAUUAUCGGGUUUCUAGCACACGAGCUAGAAGUUGAAGUAAAAAAGGUAGUUGAUCAGGGUGCUGGUCUGGCAUUUAUAGUCUAUCCAGAAGUAGUGACACGCCUACCGGUUUCACCCGUUUGGUCGGUUCUAUUUUUUGUUAUGUUACUUACAUUGGGACUGGACUCACAGUUCGCACUCAUGGAGACCGUUACAACUGCCAUAUUGGACAAAUUUCCCAAUUUACGACAAUAUAAAACAUGGGUUGUGCUUUUUGUUGGUAUUUUUGGUUACCUCGGUGGUCUCGGUUUUACUACGAAUAGCGGCAUGUAUUGGUUGCAACUAAUGGAUAAGUAUGCUGCAAAUUGGUCGGUAUUGCUUAUCGCCAUUUCCGAGUGUGUUUUAAUCGCUUGGAUAUAUGGUUCACAACGUUUCUUGAACGACAUACAGGGUAUGAUUGGUAAAAGAUCGAAAUUCUGGAACUCAUUUUGGUCGGCAAUGUGGCGUUACAUAACGCCAGCAACACUAUUGUUUAUUCUGUUCUUCAACUGGGUCGAAUACAAACCGGCCUCCUAUGGUCAUUAUGUUUAUCCACUGUGGGCUGAUGCAGUCGGUUGGUUUAUCGGGCUGUUGCCGGUACUAUUUAUAUUCCUAAUCGCCUUCCAACAAAUUUGUAAAGCACCCAAGCAGCUGACAUUCAAAGAGCGGCUAAAACUUUUACUACGUCCCACCGCCGAGUGGGGGCCAGCUGGUAGGCCAUGUGUCAAUUUACACGCUGAGCGCUACGACAGUCAAAAUUACGAUGUCGUGGCCAAUACACAAGUACUCAUAAAUGGCAUGCCGACGGAUGUGUCACCCUAUGAGGACAACAGCAAUGGUUAUCGUGAUGAGGCGAUGCAACUCUGAGAGCGAGUGAGCGCAUCGUCAGCAGCGGUAGCAACAAAAGCAUCCACUGCUGUUGUGCGCAUGAGUGAUCACGUCGAUGAGGGUAUUGGUCUGCGAAUGAGUGGUAAUGGCGCUGGCAAUGGAGCUGGUGGCGCAGGUGGCGGUACAACUGUGUCGAUUAGGAAUGGCAGUCAUCCUGAAUAUGGUGCGGCAGUAGCUAUCAAGACAUCCAGCUCGGCAGCAACCGCCAAACUACCCGGCCCGAGUAUAUUGAAGGGCUCAAAGAGUAACCAAGUGGCCAGCAAUGGUCGCAACAAAGGUCAAUCUCAGCCUGAGGCGAGCCCUAGUCGUCAGCCGCUAAUAGAGGCGGAGUUGCGUGCUAACGACAGCGUCGGCUCAUUCCUGAAUGAAGCGGCUGCAUUGGCGCAGCGUAAAACGCAAGCUAACGGUCACCCCGCCGAGGUGGUAGGUGAUAAAAUUACGAAAGUAACUGCCAGCAUUAUAUUGCCCACGAAGCCGGCAAUAACAACAACCGCUGUCACUGUCGCCACAAGCACAGCAACAACAAAGGUGCUUGUCGCUGGCACAAUGAGCAGCGGUCGCGAACGUAUGCUCACCACGUUCGGCGAGCGUGGUGUUGUGCCGGGGGCGGAAGCGGCAAGCGCAACAACAACAACAACCGUUAAAGCAGGUCUGAGUUCAAAACCGCUAACUGCCGGCAUUAAGCCGGACACUGCAAGUAGUCUGUCACAGGUGACAACAACAACAACUGCAAUGGCAAAAAACGUGCAGCCCGCAAGCAUAGCAGCAACAAAGCCGGCAACAUUAGAAUUGAAACAUACAACUAUGACUACAACACCUGCGGCAAUUGCAACAACAACAACAACAGUCAAAUCGGCGUUAGCUGGAAAGUCGACAACAACCACCACCAGCACAGCUGCAACAGCAACAAUUGCUAAGCCCAAAUUGAGUGCUACACAAACACCAACAACCACAACUGUUGCGGUAUCCGUUAAGACGCCGAUUGUGGCAGCAACCACUACAACAACAGCUGAAAGUUCUGCAAAAGCGGCCGCAGUAGCCACCGUGAAGCCAGCAACGGCCGCAACCACGGCACAAAAAACAAUACCAACAACAACACCUACAAUUACAACUACAAAAGCAAUUACAACGCCUGCAGCACAAACGGCUGCAGUUAAAAGCAGCGGUGCGGUGUCAGCAGCAGCAGCAACGGUUCCAAAAGCCGCAACAACAGCGAGCAUAAGCAUAGGCGCUAAGGUGCUCACAGACAGUAAGCCUAUAGCUUCAAUAGCAACAUCUGCUGCUAAACCGCCAACAAUAGUUGCAACAACAACAACAGCACCAACAACAAAAUCAAAAGCCCCUGUUGCUGCUGCUCUUGUUGCGCAAACGAAUAAACCACCAAUCACAACAACAACAACAACAACUGCCAAAGUGACAGCCAUUGCUGCCGCUCCAACCACAACAACAAUAAUUAACAGCACAAAUUUAGCUACAACAACAGCAAAUGUUAUGCCCAAGCAAUUGACAGCAGCGUCCACAACUGCAACAACAACAACUACGAAGUCGAAUGUUGUUAGCCACCCGUCGGCGAACGCCAAUGUCGUUAUUGCACCGAUGCCUGCUGCACAGCCAGCAAAAAUUGCUGCCACCAAAGUGAUCAAUACAACAUCAAGUCCGAUCACUGCGGCUAUUCAAAAACCCACGGUGUUGUCAACAACACCAACAGCAGAUGCCAAAUCGCCAACAAUGACGGCAGUAGCCGCCACAACCACAACAACAACAACAGCAAGCGGAACGAAAGCGUCUAUAACUAAAACUCCGGCGGCAAUAACCAAAACAACAACACCAACAUCAUCAACAGCGGUGCCGACUAAAAGUGUGAGUGCCAACAUAACAACAACAACAAAGUCUGCAAGUACACCAACUACAACUGUUGCAGUUGCGGUUCCAAAAGUCACAACCACAACCACAGCAACAACAACUGCAGUCAAAUCAGUAAUUGCUUCUGCGGUUGGCAGCACCGCCACCACCACAACAACAACAAAAUCUACAACCACCACCACCACAAGUAAUGUCAGCAAAAAAUAAUUGUAAGCAAAACAAAAACAAAACCAAUUACUUUAGUCAUAACACCCGCUCAACCCACAGGCGUAAUUAUAAAAGUAGAAACACAAACAUACAUACAUAACACACUGGAUUAACGAAGUAAGUAUAUAAGCGCAUACUAUAAACUUAAUCUAAUAACUAGUUGAUUCUAAAUGGCAGCAAACAUUCUCCAGAACGUCUGUAGCUAUGAUGAAGUUUGAAAAAUUGCGUAUAUUACAUAAGUACAUUUGUAUGUACUCUCACCGAAAACUGUUUCUCAGCAGUCAAAAGUAAUGAAAACAACAAAAAUAUCUACAUUACAUUCUAACAUACAUACUAUAUACAGAUAUUUAGUAAGAAAAGAAUAUUUCUAAGGAACAAAUUAAGACGUUCAAAACGCAAAGUUCAACCUAACCUAACUAUUAGAGACAAGUAUAUAAUAAACAAAUUUAGUAAACAACAAAAAUAUUAUACUAAACCCCACACUAGAUCUAAGUUCAGGUACCGCAAUUACUACUAUAUACAUAAAUAUACGUAUUUUUAAGUGAAACUUAGAGAACAAAACAAUUUCAGUUGCCAUAAGAAAAAGUGAAAGUAUUGCCAAAUCGAAAGAGAAGCUUGCAAAAAGUACCAUAUGCAGAAGAAAUUUUUAUAAAAUUAAAAUUUGACGAUUUUUGUAAGUAUGUAUAUUUUACUCCUACCCAGUCAUGAUUUCAUAUAUUCUGCAAUAGUAUUACAAAUCGAGGAUUUGAAAUUACGGAAAAUUAUAGGAUAUGUUUAUAGUACAUAUGUACAUCAUACAGUCAGCAUAAAGAAAAUGUAUUGUGUUCAUUGCUCAACAACAGUUCAUAUACAAAAACUUCUAGAAAAAUAUAUUAUAUGAAGAUCCAUUGGCAACUUGUACCGAAAUCUUUAAAUUAAUUCUCAUUAAAUUCUUCUCCUUCUCGUUUUCGACUCAAAAUAUAAAUUUAAUUAUGUUGUAUUUUUUUCAAGCAACAAUCAUUACCAAAAUCCGUUCAAUCACAAUUAUUCACUGCAUCUUUUAGACUAACAUAAAAUGUUACCCUAGAGAUACACCUCAGGUCCUUGAAUACUAACAAUAUGCAGGGUAUGCCAUCCAUCAAGUUGCUUUGGGGUAGUGUUGAUGGUGGACAAACCCAAAAGUUUCUAAUUCUUAGCGGAAGGGAACUUAGUAACAUUGUAGGGCUCAUCACAGAGCCCUAUCCUUAAGAUCCUACCUUCAGAAAAUUCUAAAAGUAGUUUCGGCGAAAUGUAAAGCAUUUAUUGAGAAUGAUGAGACGAUGAAACAUUAUAUGAGUGGGCCAUAUAAAAUUUUAAAUUUCGAAAGUGGGGCGUAAAAGAUCGAGUGUAGCGUUUUCUGUAUGGCACGCCGUCCUGCUGGAAUCAAAUGUUGUCCAAGUCUUCCUCUUCAAUUUGCUUGAAGAAAAAUUCGGUUAACAUUGCGCGAUAUCGCUCACUAUUGAUGGUUACGGCUCCUUCUUCAUUUUCGAAGAAAAAUGGACCGAUGAUUCCACCAGACCAAAAUCCGCACCAUACAGUGAUUCGUGCUGGGUGCAUUGGCUUCUCGACGAUUACGUGCGGGUUUUCUGUGCCCCAAAUGCGACAAUUCUGCUUGUUAACGUAACCAUCGAGGUGGAAAUGAGCCUCGUCCGAAAUGAUGUUUUUUCGGUAAAAUUGACCAUCCUCGGUCAAACGAUCUUCUGCCCAAUCUGCGAACUGUAGAAUAGUGAAUAGCGAUCCAGUGAAUCGACAAAGCCCUUAAGCCUGUCAUAAAUUGUUUGAGUCGGCUAAUAUUAAUUCCGGCCAGUUCAUCUAGUUCGCAUUAGAUGUAGCUACCAAGCUAUUUCAACAUAAGCCUAGUGUAAGAUGAACAGUGGAGAUAGAGUGUCUCAAUUUUUCCAUCUCACCCGCUUCAAUACAAGAUUGACAGUUAGCGUCCGUGAUGAUUUUUAGCCUUACUGCUUGUAUACUUAUACGACAGUCUUCAGUUAGAAGUCCCACAAGUGUGACGAGAUGAACCAUGCUAAGAACUGACAAUUUGAUACACCCUUUGGACCAGAAGGGUUUCACAGCUUAAUACGCUCUCGCGGGUCCAUUGUCACAGGCCUGUUCCAAACUUUAUGGGUUUGCGAGCUCAUCGACUUUGGAGUUCCUCAAUAACCACUUCAAAACAACUUCAAUCGUUGCUGUCAUUCCGAGAAGUUUGACAUUAUGAUUUUCCUAAGAAAGUAAAAAUAACAAUUUUUUCGCAUUUUUUAGGUAAAAAAUACUCUGUUCUUGCGUUUUUCUAAGAUUCCUCUGUAAAUUAAACAAUGACUUAAAUUACAGACGUUUAUCCCAUGUAUAUCGUUCAUAUUUGUAAAUCGCCAAUUAUUCCAGAGCGUUGGGGAACAAUUUUCAUGAAUAAGAAAAAAUAUUUAAAUGCUUACCAUUAAAUUUUCGUAAAGGAGAAGCAAAGGUAUGAGAAUUUGAACCGCAUUUAUGCGACUUCACAGAGCCAAUCUGAUCAAGAGUCAAAGCUAUGUUUAUCUAUCAUGUCAUCGGCUAUAUAUAGAUCUUUUUACAAAGAUAAUCCCAGCAAUAAUGUGUAUCGGGUCAAAUAUGUCGACUUUCGGCAGUUCACUUUCAGAAAUCUCAUAAGAUUUCGACUUUAACAGAUUCUAUAGCAGUUAAAUGGUGCAGGAUUUAAAAAUUGAAAUUUUUAUUUUAAAAACUACUUGCAGAAUUAUAAAAUCAAGUCUAACACUAAAAACACAUUUCGAUCUACGCUACUUGCUGGUUAGUUUCAGCCAAGUCAAAAUAACUAACGUUAUGUCCCAUUUGGGUCUCAGAAAUCCGAUUCGAGUCCGUCAAAUUCCAUAAGCCAUAAAAUCGUUUGUUAUAAUUUGGAUUUCAUCCAAAAAAAAAACAUUCAUAUAUUUUUAUAUUAUAUAACUAGAUCAGAGGUAUGUACAUAAGUAUGUACUUACGAGUAUGUAUUACACGAGAGUUGCUUAUUUAUGCUCAAAGUUAACGUUUGUUCAUUGUUAUGAGUGCACAUAGUAUUUAGGAAAUAUUUUUGAAAAUUGUUCUUGUAAGUACGUAGGACCUUGUAAGUGGUGUUAAUGGAUGUCAAAUAUGUACUUACAUACUUACAUGUAUGUAAAUUAAGUAAUGUUGAUGUACAUGUGUAGGAAAACAAAAAACACGGUGCUACUACUUAGUUGGAGAGAGACGGAAUAUUUUAAACAUAUGUAUGUAUGUCGGUGUAACGUAUAACGGCAGAUCGGUACAGCAGAAUUAAGCCACAAAUCGUGAAUAGGCAUAAGAAAAAAUCUGUUAGGUCUUAAAGUCAUGCAAAUGUGUCGUUAUUGUUGUUGUUUAGAUGUGUAUUGUAAAGAUCUGGUAAAUAGAAUUGUGACUUGCAUUGUUGUAUGAAUCCAUUGUAUUGUUGUAGGUUGUAGGCACAUACAUGAAUGCAUAAAUACAUAUAUAUGGUGUGUAUGUAGUUAUGUAUUUAACGGUAUAUUGAAUUUGAAUUGUAUAUUGAAUUGUAGUCCUGAAAUAGUGCAAAUUAGUGAAAUGUAUUAGUAAAUAUAUAGUACAAGCGCAUGUAGAGACCGAAUUGACUGCAGAAUAUUGUUAAUUGAGAGUAUUAUUGUUGUUAUUGUUUAGGGAAGAGCAUACAUAUAUUUAGGGAAUGUUAUUAAAGUUAUGGCGUGUAUUCUCACUAUCUUACACGUCCUAACCUCAACUAGAAUGUAUACAAAACUGAAGUGUUUACAGAGGAAAAGCAAAAUAAAUACUCGUCAUUAGCGGUGAGAUGAGCGGAUGAUAAAGUGGUUCAAUACACAUAUAACGGUUAACUAGAACUUCAAUUUUAUUUUUUCAACCUAAUUUAGCCCAUCUGAUACAUUAAGUCGGAAUAACUUUAUAUCAAUUAGUCCAUAUUAUGUUAGGUUUUAAGCUCGGGAAAUGAUAUAAUCGAUUUAGAGGUGCAAUGAGACUUUAAGUACUGUUAUAAAGUUCCUCAGCUAAUAGUGGAUGUCUUUUCAAACUAAAAUAAAGUAAAUUAAAUAUAUUUAUUGGGCCUAUUUCGCAGACAAUACCCUUCAGCAAUCCAGUGAGUAAUUGAAGACAUUUUGCAGAACAGAUUGAAAGCGUCAAGUCCACUAUUUGCCACUAGCUAACUACAAAGACAAAAUUGUGUAUUCAAAAGAGUUAUAUUUUAUCCAGCCUCAUGGAGUGAGCUCCAGUAGUGCCCAUAGCUCAUACUUCCAGCUUUAAUUAUUAUGAAAGGUGCGAAGAACGGCUUCUAAAAAAUAAAAUGAGAAAGAUUUGGAAACAAUGAUUGCUCCUUUAUACAUUGAAUGUUAAAAUAUAUUUACGUGUUUCCUAAACUGACAUGCUAUAAAAUCACAUUAAACUUUAAACGACAAAUUACAAGGUUUAUAAGGUGGUAAACUACCUUACCACGUAAAUUAGCUCUAAAAUUGAAUUUUCACUAGACCUGAGCGUUUUAGCUUCCAGCAACGUUUAAUAUGGAGCUACUCUGUCAGAUCGUUGAGAAAUUCUUCCCUCGAGCGCUUAUUUAUGGAGAGGAAGGAAAAUUGAGCAUAGUCAAACCUUUUUUAUACCAUGUUUUGCAUACUCGAUCCUGUCAGCAAGUCAAUAUCUUUGAGAUCAUUUUGGUGAGACAUUUGGCUUUGUCGAUUUUCAAACCUUAUAACAACAUCAUAUCUCUAUAUGUAGCUAAAUUUGGUUUGCCGUUUAUUUUAUUGUCUUCGAAUACUCAAUUUAAUUGGUCUCCCUUUACAAAUGUGUUUCCUAUUAUUUAAGAUCUCAGUACAUAGCUUCGAAAAGGCGAUCCCUUUGUUAUAUGAGAUAUUUGAAAUGCAGUAAAACCCGCUUAAGCACCAAACCUUCUUAAAUAACCAACAUUUUUGGGCUUAGGAAUUGCAUCGAGGGACUUUUAAGUACCCAACCCGGCUAGGUACCACAAUAAGCUUAAAUGGUUUUACUGUAGUGUUGUUUAUGCUGUUUUGGCUGUUGUUUUGUGUGCAGAAAUCAUGUUUCAAUGGGAGUUAUUGGAUGAUUGUGACUUCGAGCUGGUCCGAAUAGAACAAAUCUAAAGCCAACUGAUAUUAUGUAUAUGAGAAUUCAAUUUUUUUUUUGAACACUAUAAGCUAGAUAUAAUUUUAAUAAAUUUCCUAAUCAAGCAUGGCGAAGUAAGAGUUUAAUCAGUUAACCUUUAAGAAAGAGAGUUUCAGGUAGUACAAUAAGUAUUCCCAUUAAUACUACCAAUAAAAUGAUCACCAUUCGAAUGAUUCGGCUACAAAUGUGUUUUAACUAUAAAGUGUUAACAGGCUAUAGAUGAGCUCAGAAAUCUAUAGUAUUACUCCACUCACUUAACACUUCAAAUUGCUAAUAUUAGAGAGCUUAGUGGUUGAAACUAUGUACAUAUGUAGGAUAUAAAAAAAUACUAUUUACUUGAGAAUAAAUAUUCCUUAAUAUUUUUUAAAGCAUUUUGAAGUUUUAUAACAAAUUACAAUAGACAAGAAAUAGACAACAAUUUUACAUUAUAUUUUGUACGACAUUUACAGUUAAGCAAGUAACCAAGCGUCGGGUGUCAAGGGAAAGGCAAAGAUUGCUUAGAUACUUAUAUUGUAUAAAUAAAUACUUGGGUAAACGUAGUGGAUAGGAAAUGAUUUGGAAGAUCUGUGAAGAGAUUGGGCAAUUUGUUAUUGGUCGCUUAAAGUACUAUGGCAGUUUACAAAUUUCUAGAUGAAAUUUAGAUUAUUCCGUUAUAAUUUUUAUAUAAAUUGAAUAAUUUCUUUCCUUUCAAAA